AAAGUUCAGACUCGGUUAGGUAAUCAAUUAAUAUUCAAUUUUUCCAAAAUAUUUAAUUUUAUCCAUAUUUAUUUAAUUUUAAUAAUAUUCCUGAAUUCGUGAUUAAAAUUAAAUUUUAAAUUAUCUUACAUAGACACAUAGUUAGUGUUACAUCUAAAUUCUAAUCAAGUUAUAAUAAUAAUAAUAAUAUUUCAUUUAAUUUUUUUCAUUCUUUCGUGGUUUAAGAGUUGACUUAAGUUAAUACAAUAUUAUACUCAUAGAAAAAAGAUUAAAUAUACUUCAUAAUACAUUAUUAUUUAUGAUAUAUCGUAAAUUCUUUACAAGGUAAUCCAAAUCAUUCAACUAUUGUUUAUAAAUAAUUAUAUUACCGUUAUCUAUAAUGAACCCUAUUCAAAUAUCAAAUAUGAGACAAAAAACAAGUAUACUUGACAAGUCUAUUAGCAAAGGUAAGGGUGAAAUAAAUAUGAACUGUUUCGCAUUGAUGUUUUCUGAACUGGUACAGUACUGUCAGGGGAAGGCUCACACAGUAAAUGAGUUACAAAUGAGGUUGUCUGACUUAGGACAAGAAGUCGGUACAAAAUUGAUAGAUUUACAUUUCCUACGUGAAAAAAAUAGCAAACGCGAAAUAAAGUUAUUGAAUAUGCUGUUGUUUAUAAAAUCUACAUUCUGGAAAAGUUUCUUUGGUCGUGAAGCUGACAAAUUGGAACACUCAAAUGAUGAUGAUUCUACUUAUUAUAUAAUUGAAAAAGAACCAUUAGUAAAUAAAUUCAUUUCAGUUCCUAAAGAUAAAGGUAAUUUGAACUGUGCUGUAUUUGUUGGAGGCAUAAUUGAAGGAAUACUUAAUUCAUCUGGCUUUAACGCCAAAGUCACUGCACAUUGGCACAAAGGUACUACUUACAUGGUGAAAUUUGAAGACCACAUUAUAACAAGAGACAAACAAAUGGAUGAACGUUAAUAUUAUUAAAUCAAAGAUCUAUUUUUGUUUUGCUGUUAUCUGUACGAUGUAUAUAAAUUUGUUGUAAAUUAAACAUUUUCUUCCAAAGUAAACUGAAUACAAUAUAAACAUUCAACUAAAUAAAGAA